AUGCCACUGAAUUGCAUCCUCGAAGUGGAACUGUUCAAUGUAUGGGGAGUAGACUUUAUGGGACCCUUUCCUUUAUCAUGUGGAAACAAUUAUAUUUUAGUGGCAGUGGACUAUGUAUCGAAAUGGGUAGAAGCCAUAGCUUCUCCUGCCAGUGAUGCCAAAAUAGUAAUUAAACUGUUUAAAAAAGUGAUUUUUCCACGGUUCGGUGUGCUUAGGGCAGUUAUUAGCGAUGGGGGUUCACACUUCAUUGAAAGACAGUUUAAAAAUUUGCUAAAGAAAUACGGAGUUAGCCACAAAGUAGCGACACCCUACCAUCCCCAGACCAAUGGACAAGCUGAGAUUUCCAACCGGGAGAUCAAAGCAAUAUUAGAAAAGACAGUGUCCAAUUCCCACAAAGACUGGUCAUUGAAAUUAGAUGAUGCUUUAUGGGUAUACCAUACUACUUUCAAUACUCAAAUCGGUAUGCCCCCAUUUCGACUUGUGUACGGGAAGUCGUGUUAUUUUCCAGUAGAAUUAGAACACAAGACUUACUGGGCGAUAAAACAGCUUAACAUAGACCUGAAGUUAGCAGGAGAUAAAAGGAAACUCCAAUUAAAUGAGCUUGAUGAGUUGAGGAUGGAUGCCUACGAACAUGCCAAAUCCUACAAAGAGAGAACAAAGAAAUGA